AUGGCGCAGGUGCAGAUUAUGCAUCGCAGAUGCAGAACUGGGCGACUUAAGUGUGUACCGCAGAUGCGGUUCGUGGACCGCAAAAGCGGCACCGCAGGAGCGGGAUUUCGGGCCGCAGAUGCGAAAUCUGAGAGUGAGAUUCAUCAAUGGGGGAAAAACAGAUCUAGAUCACAACCAUACUCUGUUUCUUCACCCAUCGGACACUACCGGAGCUCCGAUCAUCUCAAUUCAGUUGACUGGUUCAGAGAAUUACUCCACUUGGAGUCGUGCGAUGGAGAUCCAGUUGUUAGGAAAGAACAAGCUAGGUCUAAUCGCGGAACUCUGAAGAAAGAAGAUUUUUCUACUGGACUAGGUCAUCAGUGGGAUAGAUGUAAUGCUAUUGUCCUAGGGUGGAUUAUGAGUUCAGUUUCGAAGGAACUGAUUACUGGAAUCCUGUAUGCAAGGGAUACGAGAAAGGUGUGGGAGGAUCUGAAAGAGCGAUUUGAUAAGGUAAACAUAUCACGAGUUUAUUAG